AUGGGCAAAAAAGAGGGAUCCGAGACAGACAACUACGACACAAAAUUGCCGUACGUGCUACCGUUCGCACAGCCUCUGGCAUCGAAGAAGCUGAACAAGAAGCUUCUCAAGACAGUGAAGAAGGCUGCAAAGGCCAAGCACGUGAAGCGGGGAGUGAAGGAAGUUGUGAAGGCGCUCAGAAAGGGGGAGAAGGGUCUUGUGAUCAUUGCUGGCGACAUCUCGCCGGGCGACGUGAUCUCGCACAUCCCUGUCUUGUGCGAGGACAACGGGGUGCAGUACAUAUUUGUGCCAAGCAAGGAGGACCUUGGGGGUGCCGGCGGAACGAAGAGACCGACGAGUUGCAUCAUGGUUGUUCCUGGCGGCGGCAAGAAGGGCGACAAGUCGGGCAAGACGGAGGAGUACAAGGAGAGCUACGACGAGAUCUCCAAGGAGAUCAAGGCGCUAUAG